AUGCGACAGAGGAGACAUGGAGCAAACGGGUGCUUACGGUUUAAGGGUGUGUGUUUGGAUGCUCCGCCGCUAACACUUGGUUUAAGACCCCAACUAGGUAUUAGAAGGUGGAACGAGGAAGCAAGGACGGUUGGCAUGAAAAUCUGUAAGUGUAGAAUGGAUUGUGGGUAUUAUACAUCAUUUACAGAUGAAAAUCCUGGGAGAAGGUUUUAUAAAUGUCAGAAUCCUAAUGGUGGCUGUGGAAUGUGGGAAUGGUUCGAUAGACCUCUCUGCAAUGUGUCUUCUACUCUAUUUCCUAUUCUACGAGAUGAAAUACUUAACUUGAGGAGUGAAUUGAAGCUCAGGGAUAGGCAGAUUCAAAGAGUUGAGGCCGAAGUGAAGGAUUGCCAUGUUGAAAAUGCCAAUUUCAGAGACCAGCUCCAGGUUUUAUACGAUGAGAACGCUUGCUCUUUGGAAGAAAUAUCAAAAUUGAGAGAUGAGAGUUUCAGAUUAGAGGGUUUGCUUCAAUUGGAGAAGAGGAGGAUGAUGUUGCUGAAGAGAGGAAGUUUGAUAUCACUUUUGUUUGUAGUCUUUUUAUUGUGUAUUUUUUUUGGUUUAUGGACAUGGAUAUGUAAUGUUUAA